CGUAAUUCGUGCCCAAUUUAUAGUUGUAAAGAUGGGAGGCACGAGGAUAAUACUGGCUGGAAGUUUUCUCGUUAGCUUUUUCGUGACCACACUAUGUCUUACUACUCCCCCUUCUACCCACAAUCAGAGACGGAAUGUUCUGACUAACUUCUACGUCAAACAGCCCAAGAACAAGAUGCCGUUUGAUAUGUCCGGAAAAACCAUUUCUCAGCUCACACAGGCACAUUUCGAACCUUAUAUCAAAGAGGCAACAAAGACAAAAGAUAAAAACGCUGCUUAUGACCCAGUCAAUCAAAGUCAGCACCCAAAUCAGAUCUACGAGCCCGAGGUCGUUGGAGCUGCUAACAUCCUUUAUCAACCUGAGGUGAAGCAGCAGUAUCAGCCUGAGCCACCAAACAAUCAAUAUCCGGAACCACCAAACAACCAAUAUCCAGAACCACCAAAUAACCAAUAUCCGGAACCACCAAACAAUCAAUAUCCGGAACCCCCAAACAACCAAUAUCCGGAACCCCCAAACAACCAAUAUCCGGAACCACCAAACAACCAAUAUCCGGAACCGCCAAACAACCAAUAUCCGGAACCACCAAACAACCAAUAUCCGGAACCACCAAACAACCAAUAUCCGGAACCACCAAACAACCAAUAUCCGGAAUCACCUAACAACCAAUAUCCGGAACCACCCAACAACCAAUAUCCAGAACCACCAAACAACCAAUAUCCGGAACCACCAAAUAAUCAAUAUCCGGAACCACCCAACAACCAAUAUCCGGAACCACCUAACAACCAAUAUCCGGAACCACCCAACAACCAAUAUCCGGAACCACCAAACAACCAAUAUCCAGAACCACCAAACAACCAAUAUCCGGAACCACCAAAUAAUCAAUAUCCGGAACCACCCAACAACCAAUAUCCGGAGCCACCCAACAACCAAUAUCCAGAACCACCAAACAACCAAUAUCCGGAACCACCAAACAACCAAUAUCCGGAACCACCUAACAACCAAUAUCCGGAACCACCCAACAACCAAUAUCCAGAACCACCAAACAACCAAUAUCCGGAACCACCAAAUAACCAAUAUCUGGAACCACCAAACAAUCAAUAUCCAAACAUCGAACCCUCUGUCUCUGAGCCACAUACUAAUCCAUCUCAAGUUCUUCAUUCUGAACCACCUGCAUCAGCAUUCCAGGUCAAAUUACAGGUCACGCCUUCCAAAACAGGAAACAAUAAACCCAAUGAACCAUUCAACCCAUUCAGCAACUCUGCUUCUCAACCCGCACAUAAUUUCCAGAAUGUACCUUCCGGGCCUGCUCACGAGGCUUCUUAUCCGGAACCACCUAAUAACCAGAAUCCAUAUCCGGAGCCACCAGUACCUGUGCCGGAAUACCCUGGAGCUGUACCUGAAGUGGAACCACCUGUAGAACCGGUCCCAGUUCCCGCUAUGUCAAAGGGGGCGCCGAAAACUGUUGUAAGUCUGUCAAGCUCGGGUUUAAGUUCAAAUAACAUGGCUAAGAGUGUCGCAGGUGCCGGAGCAGCGACAGUUUUGGAACCUGUCUCAGAGCCUGUUCCAGUACCAGUCAGGCCUAACACCACCCCGAAGCCUUUAACCCGUGCCGAGAAGAAACGACUGAGGCGACUGCAGAAAAAGAAGGAAAGGGAAGCUAAGAAAAAGGCGAGAGAGGCCGCUAAAAAGGCCAAGAAACUCAAAGAACAGCAAAAGCGACUUGCAAGGCAAAAGGCGAAAAAUAGUCGUAGAAAGGCACCAAGAACAAAAACAACAAGAACAUCCAAAACGCCCAGAAGAAGGACAAGGAAAAGAAACCCGGGCAAGAAGGUAUAGGUGAAGGACAACCACAAACUGUUAACAAACAAUGUUCACUUGGUAAUUUUCUAAAGUUAUGUACCUGAUUUACGAGUGUCCACUUACAUGUAAAGACUUUAAGAAGGAAAAAGGAAAUCCUGAAGUUAGAGGAGUAUUAAAGGUCGUCGAGAGAAUGAAAUACAGUCAUGGUUUUUUUUAUUUAUAAACUAUUGAAUUUAUCAUUGAAAAUAUAACAAAUAUAUCAUAUAACUACGAUAACAAUAUUCAGAUUAACCCAAACAAGUCAAAAUCGUAAUGAUAUCUAUCUUUAAAAUUAAUAAUCGUAACAACUGUUUUGCAUUAAUACUCCAGAGUAAUCUUCCAUUGUAAAUUCUCUAUGUUAGAGUUAUCUUCCCUUUUCAAAAAGCUGUUUAUGUAUAGCUGUACUAACAAAUAAAUUGUGAUCUCCAACGGGAGGAGAAAAGAAACGCCCGGCCAAUGGUAAUCGCUUCAGUGGAAAUGAAGUUCACAACACGUUUAAUGUGUUAGCUCGUGCUGCGUUGUUAUAAAUCAUUGUACUCAUGUGUUGAAUAAAUUAUUUAUCAUUUAGAAUAA